AUGGAUGGAGAUCUGGUAGCCAGGUGCUUGAAAUUCAUGCGAAUCAAUGAUAAUCGACUCAUAUUCCCUACAACGGUCAACGCCAAUCCAGGCAAAGGAAAUGUUCGACUUGAGGUUGCCUUCAUUCACCUGUUGGAACAGUUUCGUCGUGCAUAUAUAAUGGACCAGAUAACUAAGUCGAGCCCUGUAUAUGACAAACUGAAUACAGAGCUAGGCAUUUCUGACGAGACAGACAUGCUUAGUGUGAUUGUUCAGAAAAUCCUAACAAAUUUGAAAUACUGGGCAACAAACGAGCAAAUUUUGGAGUUGUCAUUGUCUCUUCUGAAAGAUCUCUCACUGGGCUAUACCGCAGUUCGAAAACUGUUCCGGUUACAGGAAGUUCAACUGCUUCUCAGUAAUCAUACGGCCGAACAUUUCGUAUUUCUCGGACAAUCUGUACCAUAUUCAACUAUGAAACAUCGUACCGUAUUCUACGAAGCUCUCACACGUCUUCUUACCAUUGAUCUCAACGAUGAUGAACAGUUGUUUGAACAGUUUAUGCAGCCAUUGGCAGGUACGUUUCAUUCUUACACCAAGAUUGCUCAACACUACUAUAACCUUCUGGAGAACGUGGUACAGGACAACAUUGCCUUUGUAUCAAACCUUCAGCCGGAGGUCUUCGCAGCCAUUUUGAGAUCCGUGCACACUGGAGUCACCUCUCUAGAUGCCGUUGUCAUAACUUCUGCAUGUUCGGCGUUGGACACAAUUUUAAAUUACCUAUACAAGAGGUUUACAAGAUCACCACAUCCAGUUGCCAAGUCUUACACCAAGAUUGCUCAACACUACUAUAACCUUCUGGAGAAUGUGGUACAGGACAACAUUGCCUUUGUAUCAAACCUUCAGCCAGAGGUCUUCGCAGCCAUUUUGAGAUCCGUGCACACUGGAGUCACCUCCCUAGGUAGGAGUUUCCUUUUGUUUAUGGAAAAAUGA